GUCUCCUGCCGUCCAUCAGCGGUGUUGCCCAUAGCGUAGCCUUCGCCAUGACGAUGAAACAAGAUGGCGGCAAAUCGAGAACUGUUUGAUAACAGCUAAACGACCUCGCUUGCCGAUCUUUCCCCUUCUUUGUCACGUCUCUGCAUCGAAAGAUUUAUGGUUAACCUGAAAACCCCAUGAUCUUAAAGGAUCGAAGAAGUCUUUGAAAAACGACUUCGGCGGCUGUCACCAUGUCGGGUAAGUCAGGGGAGAGUGUCAAGGUUGUGGUAAGAUGCCGCCCCAUGAACGAGAAGGAGAUCGCCAAUGGACACACCAGGGUUGUUGAAAUGAAUGUAAAGAAAGGACAGAUUGAAAUAAGAAACCCUUUGAAGAAGGAUGAAGUUCCUAAAAUGUUUACUUAUGAUGCAGUCUAUGACUGGAAUUCUAAGCAGAUUGAUCUAUAUGAUGAGACAUUUCGUCAGCUUGUGGAGUCAGUCUUAGAAGGUUACAAUGGUACUAUAUUUGCAUAUGGUCAGACAGGAACAGGAAAGACCUUUACCAUGGAAGGUGUUCGUUCAGAUCCUGAUCUUAGAGGAGUGAUUCCAAACUCUUUUGAUCAUAUCUUCACCCACAUUGCAAGAACUACCAACCAGCAGUACCUUGUGAGGGCAUCAUACCUUGAGAUUUACCAGGAGGAGGUCAGGGACCUGCUUGGGAAAGAUCAGAAGAAACGCCUGGAGUUGAAGGAGCGACCAGAUACUGGGGUGUAUGUGAAGGAUUUACAGUCCUUUGUUUGCAAAAGUGUAAAGGAGAUAGAGCAUGUAAUGAACGUUGGUAAUCAGAACAGAUCUGUUGGUGCAACAAAGAUGAAUGAACACUCCUCACGGUCACAUGCCAUCUUUAUUAUCACGAUAGAGUGCAGCCAGCUGAAUGCAGUUGGCGAAUGUCAUAUCCGUGUGGGGAAGCUGAAUAUGGUGGAUUUGGCAGGAAGUGAGCGGCAGACCAAAACAGAAGCCACUGGUGACAGACUGAAGGAAGCAACAAAAAUAAAUCUGUCCUUAUCUGCCUUAGGAAAUGUGAUAUCUGCUUUGGUUGAUGGAAAGAGCACACAUAUUCCAUACAGGGACUCCAAGCUAACUCGACUAUUACAGGAUUCUUUGGGAGGCAACGCCAGGACAGUUAUGGUUGCAAACAUUGGACCUGCCAGUUACAACUAUGAAGAAUCCAUCACCACACUGAGAUAUGCAAACAGAGCAAAGAAUAUCAAGAACAAGCCACAUAUUAAUGAAGACCCAAAAGAUGCCUUACUAAGGGAGUUUCAAGAGGAGAUUGCCAGGUUGAAAAACGAAUUGGACCGUCGUGGUGGAAAGAAGAAGAAAGUGAAGAGAAGGCGAGAAGAUGGCACUGAAGAAGAGGUAGACGACGAGGAUGAGGAACAAAGCCAAGCACAACUUGAAGAGAUAAUGAAAGCAGAGCAGGAAAAGAUUGAACAAGAGAAGAAAGCCCUGCUGGAAAACCAUAGUAUGGUGGCAGAGGAGAAGGAACGUUUAAUGGCCGAGAUGCAGAGGAAGGCCGCACAUCUCAAGAAGAAGCAAGAAGCACAGGCAGCUCUUGUGCAAAAAAUAAAGAUGAUGGAGAGCAAGCUCCUCGAGGGAGGGAAAAGCAUUGUGGAUAAGACCUCGGAACAAGAGCGAGACCUGGAACGGAAACGGCAGGAGAUCGCAGAACACAAACGUCAAGAGCGAGAGAUGCUACAAAAGCUCGAGGCGAAAGACGAGGACACGAUCGAGAUCAAGGACACUUACUCCAACCUGCAGCAGGAGGUGGACGUCAAGACCAAAAAGCUGAAAAAGCUGUUCAUGAAGCUACAGACCAUCAAAUCUGAAAUAACGGAGCUUCAGGAGGUCCACAUUCGCGAACGACAAGAGCUGGAACAAGCACAAGAUGAGCUUACCCGAGAGCUGAAGCUCAAAUCCUUGAUAGUCGAGAGCUUCAUCCCAACAGAAGAGAAAAAUAAACUGAUGAACCGAGCCAUCUAUGAUGAAGAAAACGAAUCAUGGAAACUAAAACCACUCGCAGAAAACAAUACUAAACAAGAGAUGGCCAAGCGACCGGUCUCAGCGAUGGGUAACAGGCGACCGACCACAACAUUUGCCAAAAGGGCUGCUGAAAUGGGUGGUCAUCCUAGAUACAAGGGGGAGAAUAUCAUCAUGAUCGAGCUAGACAUGCCUAACCGCACCACCCGGGACUACGAGGGGCCCGCGGUCGCCCCCAAGGUCCAGGCGGCACUAAACGCGGCACUAGAAGAAGAGGAUGACCUAACUCUUGAUGCCGAUUUACUUAUAAAGAAGUCAAAGGUGAAAUCCAAGAGAAGAGACAAGCCCUCGAGGGGAGAGAAGUCAGGACGCAAAAGCAAGAGGCCGCAAUCCGCUGCCCCUCCUCAAGAUUCAGCAGACUCGCAAUAUCCCAAGUCGCGCGGCUUGGUGGCGGACAAGAAAGUUUUCUAGUAUUUACUAACUGUUAUGCUACGCUAUGUAAAUCCAUUGACGUAAAUCGACAAACUCAAAGCCUGAUCAGUGCGCAACCGCAACAUACGUUUCCGAUCUUUGCUGGAGCGGAGCAGCAGGGAAAAGCAAGUCUGUAGCAGCUCAGUCCCUCCUAUCCCUGUAGACCAUGUUACCCAGUACCUUCUUUCCCUGUCGACCGUGUUAGCCAGUCCCUUCUAUCCCUGUCGACCGUGUUAGCCAGUCCCUUCUAUCCCUGUCGACCGUGUUAGCCAGCCCCUUCUUUCCCUGUCGACCGUGUUAGCCAGUCCCUUCUAUCCCUGUCGACCGUGUUAGCCAGCCCCUUCUAUCCCUGUAGACCAUGUUAGCCAGUACCUUAUUUCCCUGUCGACCGUGUUAGCCAGUCCCUUCUAUCCCUGUCGACCGUGUUAGCCAGUCCCUCCUAUCCCUGUCGACCGUGUUAGCCAGUCCCUUCUAUCCCUGUCGACCGUGCUAGCCAGUCCCUUCUACCCCUGUCGACCAUGUUAGCCAGUCCCUUCUAUCCCUGUCGACUAUGUUAGCCAGUGCCUUCUACCCCUGUCGACCAUGUUAGCCAGUCCCUUCUAUCCCUGUCGACUAUGUUAGCCAGUGCCUUCUCACCAUGUCGACCGUGUUAGCCAGCCCCUUCUAUCCCUGUCGACCAUGUUAGCCAGUCCCUUCUAUCCCUGUCGACCAUGUUAGCCAGUCCCUUCUAUCCCUGUCGACCAUGUUAGCCAGUCCCUUCUAUUCCUGCCGGCUAUGUUAGCCAGUCCCUUCUAUCCCUGUCGACCGUGUUAGCCAGUCCCUUCUAUCCCUGUCGACCAUGUUAGCCAGUCCCUUCUAUCCCUGUCGACUGUGUUAGCCAGUCCCUUCUUUCCUUGUCGACCGUGUUAGCCAGUCCCUUGUAUCCCUUUCGACCGUGUUAGCCAGCCCCUUCUAUCCCUUUUGACCGUGUUAGCCAGUCCAUUCAGCAAGUCUGUAGCAGCUCAGUCCCUUCAGCCAUCCUCGGGUACCCAGCGCGUCGCGGUCAGCGUAACGAGGCGCAAGAGUGAGGCGGCGGAACGAGGAGGGGUGAGAGAGAAGAGAAAGGAGCUUCUUUCUCCCGCCCCUUACCCCCUCCGCCGGCCUUGUUCCGCCUCGUUCCUCUGUGACUUGACGCCCGUUGUACCCGAGGAUAGCUAGUUGUCUGCUAGGUUGAGCCUUAUGAAAUGAAUAACUGAAACCUUAGCCUCCCUCACAGGCGAUUUUAGGCAGACGUAAAAUCGUAAAACGUAAAUCUAUUAUAUUGGUUGUCUUAUUUAUUUUACUUCUUUGUAUCUAUGUUGUCAUUGGCGUCGCACGUGAAGUGUUACAAGAAACAAUUAUUUCAAGUGGCCAGGUCACGAGUUUCCCGUGGGCCACGGUUUACAGCAACCUGGCAGUUAAGGAGAGACGGAAGUCGAAAAAAACCUACAUAAUUAAGUUUUUGAUGUUUCUCUUAAUCAUCCGGAGUUCAAGAAGUUCCGUAUACAUUAAGCUCUUACUGUUGCCCACUGGAAACUUUUAAAUGCGCGAACUUAAUGCUCAGCUAAAUACGUAGCCAGUCUUGUUUUAGUUAUAAAUAUGCUUUCAAGGACAAAGUUACUAUUACAAAUACUGCGUUAUUAAAAAAAAUAAUGAUUUCUGCAA